GGCAAGAGAGGUGGUGGUGGAGGAGGCGGCGGCGGUGGUGGCCGACGUGACAACCGCUACCGAUCCGAGAUUAAGAAGAACAACGAGAAGCUCGAGAGCUACUACAACCAGCUGUUUGACUUUCCAGAGGAUGAGAUGAAUUCCUUCUGGGAGGCUCUUCGUCGAGAGCUGCCAAACAGCUUCAGAUUCUGUGGCUCCAAGGGCCAUGCCCUCACCGUCAAGCGCCUCCUCGAGCAGCGUUAUAUCCCUGAGAUUACCCAGCUCGAGAACUACGAUGGCAACCCUGUCACCCCUCCCAUCCCCGUUCCUUGGUACCCCGACAACCUCGCCUGGUGGAUGACCACCCCCAAAAAUGUCGUCCGCCGGUACCCUCCGUUUGCCAAGUUCCAGAAGUUCCUCGUGUCCGAGACCAGCGUUGGAAACAUCAGCCGCCAGGAGGUGGUGAGCAUGAUCCCGCCCCUGCUCCUCGACGUCAAGCCUGGCCAUGUCGUUCUCGACCUCUGCGCCGCGCCCGGCAGUAAGGCUGCACAGCUCCUCGAGAUGAUCCACUCGGGCGAGGAGGGUCGUAUAUUCAAGGCGCUAGAGGGGCAUGCGGCCGAUGAUGGACGUGAGGAGCCCGUAUUUCCAGGCUCGGACGAGGUCGACAUGGAGGUGGACCCUGGCGACGACGGCCGCGCUACCGGCAUGCUGAUCGCAAACGACAUGGACUACAAGCGCAGUCACCUGCUUAUCCACCAGCUGAAGCGUCUGUCCUCUCCGAACAUGAUCGUCACCAACCACGACGCCACCUUGUUCCCCUCGCUUAAACUACCCUCGGGCGACUCCAAGAAGCAAAACUACCUCAAGUUCGACCGUAUCUUAGCCGACGUUCCCUGCUCAGGCGAUGGAACACUGCGUAAAAACGUCAACGGGUGGAAGGAUUGGCUGCCAGGCAACGCUCUGGGUCUUCACCAAACACAGAUCAGGAUUCUCGUUCGCGCCCUACAGAUGCUCAAGCCUGGUGGUCGUGUCGUCUACUCCACCUGCAGCAUGAACCCCAUCGAGAACGAAUCCGUCAUCGCCGCGGCCGUUGAGCGCUGUGGCCUUGACAAUGUCGAAAUCUUGGACUGCAGCAACGAGCUUCCUGGCCUGCAGCGAAAGCCUGGCUUGAAGACAUGGAAGGUCAUGGACAAGCAAGGCCGCAUCUGGAACAACUGGGGCGAGGUCGAGGCGUGGACGGCCGAGAGCAGGGAGAAGGUGAUCCCCGGAAAGCUGACACCAACCAUGUUCCCUCGUGCACAGGAAGAGGGCAGACCUGAGGUCCCGCUCGAGCGAUGCAUCCGCAUCUAUGCACACCAGCAGGACACCGGCGGCUUCUUCAUCGUUGCGCUACACAAGAAGAAAGAGUUCAAGGCUAAGCCUGAGAGUGCUGGUACGGACCAGAAAACUCCUGAAGACCAGGCAUCCGGCGAGCAGAACAACCCUCUCAAGCGGACCCACGAGAGCGAGGGUGAGGAGUCUUCGUCGAAGCGACAGCACACAGAGACUGCAACCGAGACCGCAGCAGAGACCACUGCGGAAGUCACUGCGGAAGCCAAUGGAGACUCCAAGACAGGCGAGCAAGAUCCAGAGAAACCGACCGACGCAACCAGUCAGCCAAACAAUCAGAGUACGUCUGAUGGCUAUGGCGACAAAGCUGCCAAGAAACAGAACAAGCUGCCCUUCGAGGAGCCUUUUAAGUAUCUCGCCUCCGACAACGAGGUCAUCCAGAACAUACAGACAUUCUACAAGAUCUCGCCACGGUUCCCGUCGGACCGUUUCAUGGUCCGCAAUGCGGCAGGUGAGCCCUCCAAGGCGAUUUACUACACCAGCGCACUGGUCCGAGACGUCUUGUCAUCCAAUGAGGGACGCUUCGUCAAGUUCGUCCACGGCGGAGUCAAGAUGUUCAUGAAGCAAGACGCACCCUCUGCAGAGGUCUGUCGCUGGCGCAUCCAAAGCGAGGGCCUGCCCAUCCUCCAGGGCUACGUUGGCCAAGAGCGCGUCGUUGUCCUCCGCAACAAGGAGACCCUCCACAAACUUCUCGUCGAGAUGUUCCCCCGCAUCAACAACGAUGCAUGGAAGAAGCUCGACGAGAUCGGCGAGCGCGUGUGCGAGGUCGGUCUCGGCUGUCUGGUGCUGCGAGUCGAACCCGAUGGUACGGACCCCGACUUCACGGAGAGGAUGGCACUCCCUCUCUGGAAGAGCUUCCACUCCCUGAAUCUCAUGCUGCCCAAGGAGGACCGCAGCGCAAUGUUGCUGCGCGUGUACAACGAUACCACGCCUCUCGUAAACACCAUGUUGAAAAAUCAGAAGCCCAACAACAACAAGACACAGAAUGGUGUUGACGAGCGAGAUGCUCAGGGCGGCGAUGUCGGUGGCGAUGCUACAGUAGAUGCGAACCCCGAUGUGGCGGCCGAUGCGGAGACGGGUAUCGCAGCCGAUGCUGACGCUGAGAUGGGUGAUGCUGGCGAGGGCGACGGCGAUGUCGCACCUGCAGAAGAUGUCCAGGAAGAAGAAGCUGGAGCGGCCUAGGUUGCUGCCACUCCUCCUCCCACGCCGCAGUCUCAGUAUGCCACGCCCCCAGUACAGAAUGGCACGCGACCCCUUCCGAAUGGUAUCCUGCCCUCUCGAAACAACACACGAUCACCUCAGAACGGCACACUGCCCCUUCAAAAUGGCAUGUCCCGUCAAGACGACAUGGCCCCGCUUCCGCAGAACGGCACGCAACCCCUUCCAAAUGGCACGAUAACCCCUCAGAGCGGCACAACUCCCCUUCAACGCGUGCCCCUUCAGAAUGGCACGCUACCCGUCCAGAAUGCCACGCAGCCUGUUCAGAAUGGCACACAACCAUCUCAGAAUGGCACACAACCCCUUCAGAACGGCAUGCUACCACAUCAGAAUAGCACAAAUCAUCCAUCUCCAAAUGCCACGCUCUUACCGGAGAACGAUGUACGUCCAGCGCAGGAAGGCAUACCAUUACAGAAUAACGUGCAGCCUGUUCAGAAUACUACGCGUUCAGACCAGAAUAGCGUGCAGCCACAGCAGAAUAGCACGAAUCCACUUCCGAAUGGUCAGAACACCAGGAAUGAGCGCCUCUCUAUAGAAAGGUCCCAAAUCAGCCCCGAGGAUGCUGGGCUGUAUUUUGAUGGUCCUUGCGAUUGGGCCUGAGGAAGCUAGGAAGUGCGAGUCCUUGAAGUGACAGCCAAGACCAGUGAUGUUGACAUGGCCUCAACCGUACUCAAACAGGAGGAAGGUUACUAACGCUACCAAUCUGAUAAAGGUAGGGAUGCUGGGCAACGUGGGAUUUAAGGGAGUUAAGAACUUUGCACAACAGCUCCUCGGCAAUGGAAGAGGGUGAUGGAGAUUGUUGAAUAGCUGCUGUGCAGGCAUGCUACAAGCUUUUCCUCGGUUGGGUAAAGGCAUAUUUGGUGGUGACAUUUCAAAAUGGGACUGGGCAGGUUACAAAUCAAAAGGUUUGGGGUGAAUUGUGUCUUUACUGGUCCAGCUUGGUGUCGAAGCAGGAAGACACACAUACCGAUACUGGAAUUGUGCAUAAGGAGUUUCAAUAAAGGGAUUCAAUUAUUUUUUCUGAU